UCCGGAAGUCUGGGCGGAGCCUAGCUGCGCACUCCUGGACUGGCGACGUUGUGCUUCUAGCAGCUCUCCGAGGUCCCUGCCGGAAGUGUAGGAAGAAGCAGACAGAUUUGAACAUCUCUGUUUUCCAGCUUCUCUGAUCAUCAUGAUGAAGAUUAGACACAAAAACAAAAAACCAGGUAAAGGUUCCAAAGGCUGUAAGAAGCCUGCAAGGCAAAAUGGGAAGAAAGUAACCUCCAGACCAUCAUCUGCUCCCCAGAUUGUUCAUGGCAAUGACCAUGCCAGUCGCGAGGCCGAAUUAAAGAAGAAAAGGGUCGAGGAGAUGAGGGAGAAGCAGCAAGUUGCCCGGGAGCAAGAGAGACAGAGACACAGAACCAUGGAGAGCUAUUGUCAGGAUGUCCUGAAACGUCAGCAGGAAUUUGAACAAAAGGAGGAAGCUUUGCAGGAAUUAAACAUGUUUCCUCAGUUGGAUGAUGAGGCCACAAGGAAGGCCUAUUACAAGGAAUUCCGGAAGGUGGUAGAGUACUCUGAUGUGAUUCUGGAAGUCCUAGAUGCCAGAGACCCAUUGGGCUGCCGCUGUUUCCAGAUGGAGGAGACUGUCCUUCGUGCAGAAGGCAACAAGAAGCUGGUCUUGGUCUUAAAUAAGAUAGACCUCGUUCCCAAGGAGAUUGUGGAAAAGUGGCUGGAAUACCUUCACAAUGAACUGCCAACUGUGGCUUUCAAGGCCAGCACCCAGCAUCAUCAGGUCAAAAACUUGAGUCGUUGUAAAGUUCCAGUGGACCAGGCCUCUGAGUCGCUUUUGAAAAGCAGAGCCUGCUUUGGAGCCGAAAAUCUCAUGAGGGUCCUGGGGAACUAUUGUCGCCUGGGGGAAGUGCGUGGCCACAUUCGUGUGGGUGUUGUAGGCCUUCCCAAUGUGGGGAAGAGCAGUCUGAUCAAUAGCCUGAAGCGCAGCCGUGCUUGUAGUGUGGGAGCUGUUCCUGGUGUCACAAAAUUCAUGCAGGAGGUCUACCUAGACAAGUUUAUCAGGCUUCUGGAUGCACCAGGCAUUGUUCCAGGACCCAAUUCGGAGGUGGGCACCAUCCUGCGUAAUUGCAUCCAUGUGCAGAAGCUGGCAGACCCUGUGACCCCGGUGGAGACCAUCCUUCAGCGCUGCAACCUGGAGGAGAUUUCCAGCUAUUAUGGUGUAUCUGGAUUCCAGACGACUGAGCACUUUCUGACUGCAGUGGCCCAUCGCUUGGGAAAGAAGAAGAAGGGAGGUGUAUAUAGUCAAGAACAGGCUGCCAAAGCUGUGCUGGCUGACUGGGUGAGUGGGAAGAUCAGCUUCUAUACACUACCACCUCCCACUCACACUCUGCCCACCCAUCUCAGUGCUGAGAUUGUUAAGGAGAUGACUGAGGUCUUUGAUAUAGAAGAUACUGAGCACGCCAAUGAAGACACCAUGGAAUGCUUAGCUGUGGGAGAAUCCGAUGAGCUGUUGGGUGACAUGGACCCACAAGAAAUGGAGGUCAGGUGGCUCCAUUCUCCACUGGUGAAAAUAGCAGAUGCCAUUGAAAAUAGAAGCACCGUGUAUAAGAUUGGAAAUCUUACUGGGUAUUGUACCAAACCAAACCGUAAUCAGAUGGGGUGGCCUAAACGCAAUGUGGACCACCAUUGCCCCCAAAAUAACCGUGUAGUAGAGGUCAGUUCUGUUGACCGUCGCCCGAUGUUGCAGAGGAUCCUGGAGACAGACCCACUUCAGCAAGGCCAGGCUCUGGCAUCUGCCUUGAAGAAUAAGAAAAAAUUGCAGAAGCGUUCAGAUAAAAUCGCCACUAAGUUGUCUGACUCCAUGAUGUCUAUGCUUGACCUCUCUGGCAACUCCGAUGACUGUGCUGGUGACUGAGCAGCUGACCUUCCCCUCAUACUGCAAGUACUGCUUCCUGUGGGAUGGGAGAAUCCAGAUGCCUUUCCAUUCUCCCUGAUGUACUUAAUAGUAGAACACCUCCAUGUCAUGUAUCUUCUGCUGCCGUGCCCUCCAUUCUUAUCAAAGGUCUGGAGCUGCCAAACCCUAAUACCCUCUACUUAAUCCUUCCUGUCUUUGAAAAUGACCUUGUGUUUGUUUUUGUGGUGCCAGGAAUUGAACAUAAUAGGUCCUCACAAAUGUUAGACAACCAUUCUAUUACCAAGCUGUAGUAUUACCAUCAACACCAUCCAUCAUUAUCAAGUACUGGGAUUACAGGCUUUUGCCACUAUUCCCAGCUCCCACUGUGUUUUCUAAGGUAAAUAAAAUCAGCAGACUCUUGGCAUGGUGGCAACAUAUCUAUAACCCUGACACUUGGGAGACUGGAGCUAGGAGGACUGUAAGUUAUGGGCCAGCCUGAACUAUCUGGCAAGACCCUUUCUCAAUAAAACAGCCCAAAAACAAAUAAGCAGAGUCCAGCUGGGCACACACCUUUAAUCCUAGCACUCUGGAGGCAGAGGCAGAUGAAUCUCGUGAGUUUCAGGCCAGCCUGGUCUA